UUUUAGCUAGUGAAUGAUAUUUUUAAAAUUUAAAAGUGUUUGGAACGUUUCGAAAACGAAAUUUAGUAGCUCAUCAACUACAGCAGUCAACGUACAAAACGAGCUUGAAACAAGUUUUUUUUACUUUUGUAUCGUGGCCCGUUGAACCGUAUGGUAAAAAAAUAAAAAAAAAACAAACUUCACAUUAGUUUAAUUGAUACAAUUAAACUGUUUCGUUGCGCAUUCACUUGAUAUCAACAGUUAUUAUACGAAGAAAUAAGGAAGUCGAAUAAAGGAGAUCUAAGUGAAUAAAUAAUGACGAUCAAUUUCGUUCUUCCGCCCGAUCGGGCCCCCGUGCAGUACUUACAUAUGAUCAAAAUAUGGGCGCUGGCUUAUCCGGAACAAGAAAUUCAUGUGUGGUUCGAUUCAUUCGCUGAUCAAGUUGCGCUAUACUUCCAUCGAGUAUUCGAACAAUUACGAGAUGAUCCCGCUGGAAAUUUUGAAGAAAAAUUCAAGUUCUUCAACGAAAGUUUCCGCUCAAGAAGAAACAAAUACUUGGCAAUGUUCGGUGGCCAUAAGUUAAUGAAGGAAUUCACCGAAACAUACCUUUCCAAAUUGAAAGAGUCAUUAUCCGACCGCACGAUGAAGUCUGUGUUCGAGGAGAACAUGUCUCGUAUAUUAAAGUUUCUGACGAAAAAUAUGCUGGGAGAACGAGCCGACUUUAAGGGGUACUUCAACGACGAAAACGAGAAGAUACUCGAAGGUAAAAUUGUAGAUAAUUUUGAUUUUAUUAAUAACCGUGCGUUCGCUGAUAUUCCGGAGAAUAUACGUAGCAAUAUUAAGGUCCAUGACUUCUAUGCAAACGCUAGUAACUUUGAUCAAAAUGUGUACGCCCUGUAUUUGUUUGAAAUUCUUUGUAAUCGGGAUGCAGCACUAUCGCAAAACUUACUCACGUGUAUGAUCGCAAGCGAAAGUAGUGGCAUAACAAUGCCCGUAAAUAAUUAUCCAAAGUUCAAUGUUGACAUUUCACCCAAUGAGAUUGAUGAAGCUUUCGGUUGUGCUUUCAUCAAACUACAGGACUUAAAUGUGAAUGAGUUCGAUGUAAAUCCGGAAAUAUGGAACAAAAUCAAUUCAACGGACAAAGGGAGUUUGUUCGCUCCGAUUGAAGAUUUGCGCCCGGAUGCAAUGUAUUUGUCCGUCAAUGAAUUGGAUGGUGCUAUCAAUUACAUGGCAUUUCCUCAUGACAAUGACCAUAGUAAGAUGGCACUCGAGGCUAUUUACCGAAAAAGAUCAAAACAAAUCCAAAUGUUUCCGUUGGAUACCGUUCAAAUGGUCGUUAAUACGUUAGUUUGUCGAGGCUUGAAUCCAUCAAAAGGCGAACAAUUUACAUCAAUCUUACAAUCAUUUCAACAGGAAAUUUUCGCGUUUUACGGGACAAAUAAUACAGAGUUUUUCAGACAAAUUGCGUCAACGUCCAGUAAUUACAAAACUCAUGUAUCCGAAUGUAGUGGAAGUAAAUUUUGGAAAGAGUUGCGCGUCAAUUUAAGCCCUCUUCGUUCCAUUGAAAAUCCGUACCAAUUUACCCCAUUUGAUCAGUCGGCUGAAGAAUAUUUCGUGAGUCACAUCCAAGACAGGACAAUGGAUCCAGCUAUUGAUUUAGAUAUAUUUGUCUACAUUCACGACGGAGCACAAUAUCUGGGCCAUAUUAGGUAUCCGCAUUUCAGUAGAAGGGGCAUUUUGUUCGAGUACGAUGGCGAACGUACUAAUGACCGGAUACAGUUUCGCGAAUCAGGCAUUAUUCUUCCAAACAAUCAAAUCUUGGCUGAAGCCGAUGUUAUGGGACAUGUUCACGGGAUCUCUACAAAUGGAGGUAAAAUUCGUCUUCACGUCAUGGGCCAUUCCGGGCCCAACUUCACAGAAAUUUUGUUUUCGGUGCGAAAACCGACUGCACAAAGCGUUGGAGGCUUGGAGAUCAAGGAAUUCAACGACGUGUUCAUGGGAUUUUUCAAUGAAUUUCUUGGUCGAUCUCCUAUCGAGCAGGUUGUAUUUGUCUCUUGCAAUUUAGCCACUCUAAGAAACAAUCGUAAAAAUAAACUCGAAUUCUUGCCAAACGGAACGUUUCUAGAAAAGUUUAUCGAUAAUUGCAGAAUGCACGGCAUUAAAAUGAACCAAGUGAAAGCAGCAGACGCAAAAGUUAACGUUAAUGCAUUUGAGGGCCGAAUGAACCUUGUUCCGAAAGAUAAAAUGACUGUAGUCAGAACAUAUAUCAUAUACUGCGACAAGGAAUUCACCAACUCCAAGACGGGUAAAUACAAAUGGGACAGCAUCGAGCAUAUGGUAGAUGUCACUAUGAGACGACAUGCUGGUAGUGGACCGACAUUUAGCAUCUCUGAUGAUGUAUUCCAAGGUUCAAGCGCCAUCGAAUAUCCAGAAAUACUCGAAGUUCCUACAACAGCUGAAAGUGUUUCGAAUGAAAUUUUGGUCGCAAGCAGAGCGAAACGAGAUGGCCACUUCAUGUUAGAAUCAGAUGUCACUGCCCUGGUUUGUUGCGCUCAAGAUCGCAAUGGUGACUACAUAAUAGUCAGCACAAUUCCCGAAAAGAUCAGUGCUGUCCGCCUAGCUUUCCGAAUGGCUUUUGAAUUUAAUGAUUUUGUUACUUGGAAAGCAUUCCUGAAAUCCGUUUUUCCUGAUGCCACCGAGCACAUUGAGUCAUUCAUAACUGAAGAGAAUUUCAAUUGUUUGUUGAAAAAUAUUUUGUCCUCAAAGAUUAUGUUCGCCAACAUAGACCUUUCUCAACCUCUCGCUCACGUUGAUAUUCGAUCUUUCUUAUCUAUUGAAAGAGGUAACGAAUCCAUUGUACUCAUUAAUGCUUCAAAUCAAGAAAAUGACAUCUCUCGAGUCAGUUUAGUUGAAGAAAUGGAAAGAUUCUCAGCCGAAGCGGACGAUUUCGCCGUCGAAAAGCGUCACAUUUUAGAGAGAAGAGAUACGGCAUUCGAAAACCUUAAAAACAAUAUAAGCGCCUUGAAUGAGCAAGGCGAUGCGCUUGUAAUUUAUUCCGAUAAAGACAGUAACGUUCGAACAUCAAAUUGGUCGUCAGUACGGGAUGAGUGGAACAUUCACACCGAAAUCGUUCGUAACGACUUAGUUUCCAGAGAGGCUACUCACGCUUUGACAUUCUCCGAAACAUAUCACAUGGCAAAAGAGCUUCGAGAAACAACUGCAGAAAUAUUCCGCUCAUUCCCUGACAAGGAAGCACAGAAACUCGUGCCCUUGUUCGAUACGCUUACCUCAGAAGGCGAAGGGACAGAAAAGACUUGGAGUUUAUGCUUCGUUGAUCCAGCCAGCCCAGAUCACAAUGCCAUUACAAUCCAGACCAAAAAGCCCAUUUUCCAAAGAGUGAGCAAUUUCAUAAAGAGAGUGUCAGUCGAGCAUCUCACUAUGACGGGCUCUACAGGACUUAAUCUGUUUUUUGCUGCUCAAGCACUUUGUCAUUGGGUCGAGUACGGCUUCAGACCAUCGACUGAAGGAAUAACUGAUAAAAAUCUCGCCACGGCCAUGGAAGUCCAUUUUUAUGUCAAUGCAGCUGGUGUUAUUCAAGGUCUGACUGAAUCGGGUUUUCUCAUUGGCAAGGCCGCUACAAACUUGGUAAUACGUAACGCACUUUUGAUCAAGGCUUUGCAGCCCUUUGUGAAAAUGUCGCUGGUAAUGGCGGAAGCAUCGAAAACAGGGAAAGCGCUGUUGUCACUCGGUCGUUUUGCCGGCAACGCAAUGCACGUCAUUGGAUUCCUUGUGAAUGCUAUUGAUUUGGGUUUAAAUAUCUUUGAAUUGACUCGAAAUCAUGAUCCAGCCCAAAGACCUGUCUUGAUAACAAACACCGUGUUCUCUGCAACAGGCCUGGUCGUUUCCAUCGCGGCAAUUGUUGCUGCAAUUGUUGGGGCGACGGCAUGGACUGGCCCGCUCGCUUUAGUUGGCCUGGGUGUUGCUAUACUAUCAAUUCCAGUCACAUAUUUCGUGUCCAGAUUCGUUGGAGCAGUUGAAAAGGCCAAACAUGUCGGCAAAAUCAUUGAGUCGAUUGUAAACGAACUCCGAAAUGGAACCUACCAGAAGAACGCAGAAGGCAAAUUCUUAUCAGCACCUUCUUUCAUUGCCGUGCGAGAGUUGAAAUUAACAGCCUCUGCAUUGGAGAUUGCCUAUGGCAAGGUCGAUUACAAACCGACGUCAACAUCUACCAAUUGGUUCACUUACUGGUAUCAUGCCGACAAAGAAUAUUAUGUGGAUCCAAAUCAUGCAAAGAUACCGAUUGAUGAAAAUAUUCGAGUUCUAGUCAUGCCUCACCUUCCCGGCUACACAUUUGAAAUUGGUGAAGAAUGGCUUCCAUUUGGAGCUACUCGUCAUGAUGCCGAGUUCAACACGGCUCAUGAUCUUCAGAGCAAAGAUUCCGGCUUCAAAUUCCAAAAAGAUGGCUGGACCGGAUUCGACGAUCAAAUAGCAACUGAUUUAAAGUUUAAUUUCGAAAAAACUGACAUCACUAUACACAUUGAAGAGAGUAAUUGGCAAAUGGUUUUCCCUUGGGGUGAUCCAGCACAUGCCAAAGACGAAGACGAAAGAAAAUUGAUUGCCGCUUCGAAUGAUGAGUUUAAAUCCAAUUUAGAAAAGCUCACUUAUCACAUAAGCGCGAAGAAUGGCGGUCGACAAUACAUUUCCUUGCCUGGGCUGGAAUGUCCUGUGGACAUCAGGUUGGACGCAUCCAACAAAGAUGCUGUGUGGUUUAUUCAAUUCACUGAACGCUCAAUUUCGCAAAAGGAUCUGCAAAUUGAUCAAGGGAAUAUCAGAUUAGGCGAGAAACAAAACAUCAAAGUGAAUGGCCAGGAGUCGGCGAUCUACGUAGUCGUUUCGAAGUAUCAAGAUCCGAAUAGCAAUUACAAUGGAAUCGCCUACUUUGAUUUGCGAAAAAAUAUUUUCUUUUAUAAUAAGGAAGCCACCCAAGAAGAGCAAGAGAAGGCCGUUUUCCUAUUUGACACGAAAGAGUACGCAUGUUUCUACCUAGAGAAGGAGGACGAAACACUUUGGUUCGUAUGUAAUGAAACGAAAAAACUGUCGCUCAAGUUCAGCGGAGUUAAGACUUUCCAGAAUCAGGGUGAAGGAACUGUCAUUGUUCGCAAAGAUGGAGUAAUUUAUUACGUAACAAAGGAUUUGAAGACUCAACUGUUGUUCUCGCAAAUUUUUGGUUUUACUGAGAGUUGGUUCAAUCAAAUAAAAGAUCAGUUGCAAGCCCUGGCCAAAAUGGAUGCCCUGCUGAAAGACAAUUCACAUAAUCCCAUAGUGCAUUUGUAUAUGCCCCACCGCACAAAUGACGACAAAGUGAUAAACACCCACACUUGGUACUAUCCGGGAAAAAAGAGAUACUUUGUGUUAAAUGAAGAUUAUACUGAGGCAAGAUUCGUGAGCUAUGACGAUCAAUUGGCAUAUUUUGUGGAAGAAAAUCAAAAGCAGCUUGUCAUCACAAAAGGGCUUGAUAUGGAGGAUUUCGUGACAAAAAUGAAGAUAUAUGAAGAUAUAACUCAUAUUCACAUGAACGAACCUUGCACAGUCCUAAUGCGUGGCGUUUUGAAUGCAAGUGUUGUGCCCAGGGGGUUGAGCGUUGCCAUUAGUAGCGGCUUGGAGUUUCUUUUGUACAAAGACGAUUCGUCGAAGUAUCAGAUCAAUGUACAUACGUUCCAUCUCGAUAAUUUAGUCGAGCAUGCCAAUUUCGGAGAUCGUUGCUUGAAAGACAUUUCAUUUCUUGACAACGAAAUUCGCAAAAAACAUCUUACCGAUCCAAAUAUUUUGGGCGAAAUUACAAUUAAACGUUCAUCUCUCGUUGCCAUUGAGCAUGAGGAAAAGUAUGUUGGCUACUCCAUUGAUGGCGAUGUCGGUUAUAUUUGUGUGGCACAAUUUCCGAAUGCCUUCAAAAUUAGAACGCUGGGACACGAUGAUCGUCACGUAUACCACAUCAUAGACUAUCAAUCGGUGUACCAAUCUGAUUGGGUUAAGCACUUGUCUCAAAUCCGAAGCGGACCUCAACAGAGUUCAACUCGUCUGUUAGAAGCAGAAGUUAUUGAAAUGUUUGAUCAAACAAUGUUUCUGAAAUCAGAUAACGCAGGUAGAAAUUCAGCUCUCUGGCAGGCUUUGAGCAUUUUAUCGAAAUUGCCUGAAAUUGAAUUCAUUCGGCUUGAAUCAAACUAUUACCAAUUCAACUUCGACCAACUGAAAAAUGUCACUUGUAGCUUGGAUCUUACUAAUGUCCAUCGAUCACUUUUGCUGUUUCCGGAAUAUCCUGACAUUCGUAUACAGCGUCAAAACUUUGAUCUUUGUUUCUCUUGUUCUUUAACCAAAAGCGUUUUAGUUUUGCAAGGUGUAUUUAAAGAAGGAUUUGACAGUCAUGUAAGCAUGCAAUAUUAUUUAACAAGUUCUAAUUUAGAUGUAUUGGCUCGUUCUUAUGGUCAAAUUACAAAACAUAAAGGGCCGAUUUCUCUUCUUGAUCAACCAUUUUAUCCAGCUAUAACAAUAGAAGAACUUUAUGAUUUUAUAAUCAAUCUAUGAUAUUUUUGUAACAAUUACAAAAAUCUAUUGAGAAAAUAUCAGUCAGUCAGUCAAGGGACCUGACCCACCCAUAUGGUGGGGCCUUGUGAUUUUAUAUGUAUUAAGACACUGUCCGUAAACACAGAAACAAGUUUUUCUCAGUAACGUGAAUAAAUCGAGGGCCACGUCACUUAAGUUCAUAUCUCCGAUAUUUCAUAAAUUACCCGACAUGAAGUCAAUCGGUCAUAUCACGGCAGUGUAAAAUAAACCAGGCAGGAGCGGCUCAUUUUUGAAACGUCAAAUAAGGGACCUGUUGUAAUACAC